AUGGACGACUACGAGCGAGUCGCCAAGCUCCAGGAGGAGGCGGACGAGCUGCGCCAGACCGUCCAGGAGCAGGGCAAGGAGCUCUCCAAGCUCCAGGGCGUCCACGCCGACACGGUCGCCAACCUGCAAUCGUGCGAGAAGCAGGUCGCAGACAAAGACCUAGAGAUCGCCAGCCUCCAGGGCUCGAACAACAAGCUCAAGAAGGAUGUCGAGCACGAGAAGGAAGCCACCACCAACCUCGAAUCCAUACUCAAGGACUCCCACCACAAACUCGACCACGCCAGCGACGCCCGCCAAGCUGCCAUCAAAGCGAAGGAUGAGGCCGAGGCACGCGAGCACGAUACCCAGCUGCAGUUCGACGAUUUGCGAAAGCAAUGGGAGGAGGCGCAGAGCAAGAUCGAGGAGCUUGAGCGCCAGGUGGACGCGAUCCAAGAGCUUGAACACGAGAACGCGGGACUCAUGGACGACAUAGACAACCUCCGCGACGAGCUUGAAGACCACCACCGCACCCUCAUUGUCAAGGACGAGCGCAUUGGCCACCUCGAGACACAAUUUCAGAAGGAACGCCAGCGCAACCUCAAUGCCGCCGACGCUGCUGAUGCCGCUGCCGCCCGUGCAGGUUCUCCAGCCGACGAGCUUCCUACGCCCUUCAGCCCCCUCGGUGAAUCACUGCAAGAUGAACUCGAAGCUUCAUCCGACUACGACGGGUCCCUUUACGAACCGUUCGAAGAGCCACACGAACUCUCUCCUGUCACCGAGAUUGCUAGCAUCACGCCCGUCGAGGCUGUCUCCGCUCCGACUCUCACUCUCGAUGUUGACGAGGCUGCUAGUAUUGCGCCCUUUGAGCCUGUCUCCGCUCCGACUCUCACUCUCGAUGUAGGCGAGGCCGCCAGUGUUGCACCCUUCGAGCCUGUCUCCGCUCCGACUCUCACUCUCGAUGUACACGAGGCCGCCAGUGUUGCGCCUAUCCAAACCGCCGUCCCAGCAUUCUCCGUGCAUGUUGACGAAACUGCAAGCAUCACUCCCCUCGAGCGCCAGAUCACGACUACAACCUCCUUUACCCAGACCGAGGCUCACGAGCUCACCACCGAGAUCCCCCAGCAUGCUGCUCUUGACAUAGCUCCCGUCGCACCCAUCGAGGUUACCUCCGUCACAACCUCUACGCAGACAGCUGCACCGAAGCUCACGGCCAGCAUCAUCGACUCCGCAUCCAUUGACGUCCCUUCAAUUGAGGCUUUAAAGACGGAGCGCGAGGUUACGGUUACUACUGCCACGCAAACUGCAAUCUCGAAUCCUAAGAUCACCCUCACACCCAUGCUGGUCACACACGAAGAAUGGCCUCUGGCAGAAUAUGUCCCCAAGCGUCCAACUAGCAGCGCAGGUGCCCAGACCACCGAGAUCGAACUGGCGGCUCCCACCCCAGAGAAGCUCGGCUCCUUCGACAGAGACUUCCUCCAUGCCUCCACUCUUCUCAUGCUCGCUCACAAGGCCAAAGAGUUCGGCACCUUCGAUAGAGUCCCCCGCCUCGCUUCUAUUCUCGCUACUGUGUUCGCUGCUUUUCUCACAUACAUGUACCUGUCGCAGUACAUCGAGUUGCAAGCCUGGAAGACUGCUAACGGCGUUGGCUUCCGCCAAGGAUACGGCAACAUGUACAACCGCGGGGGUGCUUACGGCAAUGGACGCUACCUCUUCGGCCUCGUCCCCGUCGCUAUGGAUGUCGGCAACUCUGGAUGGUCAGAGCAGUUAGCUCGCACCAUGUCUAUGGCCAUUACAAGCUUCGAGAAUUGGGCUGGCAUUACCCAUUCGCCACUUUACUGA